CUACUUCUUUUAACUUAACAAGAAAUGCUUUAUUAAAAAGCCUCAUAUUUUGAUAGUUCCACAAAAUCCAAUCCAUGCUUGAAUUUCUACAGACAUGACGUCACGCCUGUACGUGCAGCGUCACUAGCGUGCGUCAGUGUAGAAUGUAAACACUCCUCCGGGCAGCAGUUUCCUCAGUGAUAGUUUGUUGAGUUAGCUAGCGUGAUGUUCCAGCGUUUAAUAUUUCACCGGCGAAAGUUUCCAUCUUAGUUUAUUGCUGUUACUAAUCCACGAAGAUAUCAGAUGAUGUUAUAAAUAUUUUUUGGGGCUUUACAAGACCACUUCACGUUACUAUCAUAAAGUUAAUCUUAGUGUUGGAGCUAGUUUUUGCUAGCUAGCUCUCAUACGUCUGCUUCUUCUGCAAAGGAAUCAGGCGCAACAUAAUUUCUGCUGCUUUAUUUUACCUUUCUCGGUGCUGAAAUGGUGCUUUCCUUGGUGAGCCUUUGUGCCAGGGAGGUGGUGAGUGACCACAGCUCGUCACCCUGCUGGCUGAGGUGGGUGCCCAGGGAGCUGUACAGAGCGCUGCUGGAGGCCUCCUUCACCAGCUGCAGACCUCUGGCUGUGGGUGAACUGGUGCAGAAGUGGCCAGAGCGCACACUGCGUGUCGGUGGAAGGAGGAAACUAGGACAGACUAAGCCAAAUCGACUCUGCAUCCAGGCUUUGUUACUUGCAGUUGUCAGAGGACUUGCGGACCAAAGGUGUGCGCUGCAAGUACUGGACCUCUGUGGAAUGCAAGGAGAUGAAGGGGAGAUUGGAGACUCUAUGGGAGGCUGGUCUCUGACUGUAGCUCUCUGCACCAUGGUUGUUCAGGCCAGAGCUGGAGCACAGAGGGCACAGCGGGAGAGGAAAAGGUUCUCAGCUCUAGAGAGAGAAAAGGAUGUGAAAAGAGAGAGAGGACCUUCGAAGAGGGGAAAGGAAACAAACGGAACAGAUAAGGAGCUGGAGGGAAGUGACAGAGAGAUGAAGGUAUCUUGUGGGAGUGUUGAUGAAGAGGAGCUGAUUAAAGGUGUCAGGAGAAGGAUGGAGGAGAAGAAAAGAGAGACUGUGGUGACAGGUUUAGGAGGCAGUAGAAAGGAGAAUGAAGAUGUAAACAGUGAUGUUUUAGUGCAUGUGAGAGCUGAUCUUUUUGUAAAUGCUCGCUCUUGGGAGCGUGUUCGCGGGGCUCUCAACACACUGGGACCCCUCAAGCUUCAGUGCAGAUACCUGCGUGUAGAAGAGAUUUCAGUGUCUAGUAUCAGGACUCUGCUGGGCCUCCUGCCUCGCAAGGGCCUCCUGGGCAUUGAUGUUCGCUACAGCAGCCUCGGGGUGGGCGGCUUGGCUGAGCUGCUGCCUCUGCUCUCCACCUUCCCCGCAAUGAAGUCUCUUCGCCUGCACUACUGUAACCUGGAUUUGCGCAGAGACCACCCUGGCCAGGACGAGACUCUGAAGGACUUGUCUCAGGGUCUGACACAGCUACAAGAACUGCGACGUCUCAGCCUCACUGCACUGCGACUGCCUGGACAACUUCGGGUGCUGCUUAGCUCACUGCCUCAGCCUCUGGAGAUCCUGGAGCUGCCAUAUUUGAGUCUGAGUCCCACCGACCUCGCCUAUCUCUCCUGCAGCCACCAUGCGUCCACACUGCAGCAGCUGGAUCUGAGUGAGAACCGUUUGGAUGAAAACACUCUGACCUCCAUCCGCCGCCUCCUCUCGCAGGCUUCCACCAGCCUGCAGCACCUCUCUUUAAGUGGCUGUGGUCUCACUGACGGCCUGCUGGGACUCCUGCUGCCCUCACUGGGAGGCUGCAGGGCCCUCAAGAGCUUGGCUCUGGCACUGAACCCCCUCUCCAUCGCUGGCCUCAUGGACCUGGUGAGAAUGGCUGUAAGAAUGCCCUCCCUCCGUCAGUUACUGUACCCCAACCCCCUGGAGGACUACCAGCCGGGCCUCCCCGACCUGCCCUCCAGUGCUCAGCUCUUCGACUGGCCGCUGGAUGAAGCCACAGACAUUAAUGUCACCAGCAGCCAGCUCAAAAGGGUGCUGAUAGAGAGCGGACGCACAGACCUCUUUCUGACAUGCGACCUGCUGAAUUACGAUAAAGACUUGGUGGACUAGAGAAGAGGUGAAGGAAAGGACACAGGCGCUUUUUGUUGGCUUACCAAAACAUAACAGAGCAUUGUAUAUUCACCUGACAAUCAAAUUGUCACCUGCAUAACGGUUAAUUAUCGUUUUUUUUUCUUUAUCUCUAUCGAUUUCUGAAGGUCUCAUAAAGAAGCCAGAGUUAAAGUUGAUGGUGUCAGGGAGAAGUCUUUGUGUCACCAAAACAACAGGUUAUUGUUGGGAGAUGAGGUUUCCUCCCCUUUGGAUGCACCAACUAAAGUUUUUAUUAUUUGUUUACCAGACAAAGUACACAUAGAGGUGAUUACAAACGGUAACCUCUACUCCUUUGAGGUGACAAUAAUAACCCACGCUUCAAUAAAAUGGUGCUAUACUACUUUAAUAAGUUCACUUGUUAACUGUAUAAACCCUUGUGCCUCACCAGGGACAUUUUUGGCUUUUAACUUUUAAUUUUUCAAACAUUUUGGCUUAAUGCAUGUGGCAUUAAUUUGGGCAAGGCUUUUUUUAUUUCUCGAAUUUUGAAAGCCUUUUAUUCUAAACCCCUGGCUUCAAAAUUCUAGUUUUUACUAUUUUACACCAGAAUUAACAUUUUUCUCAUGUUUUCCCAGUGUGGAAAAAACAAGCUAUUUUCAAUAGCAUUGACUUAUCCCAUACUGAAAAAAAAAACAAAAAAAACUUGCAUUAUACAGAAAGAUACAUUUUCUUUUUUAUUAAAACAUUGGCAUUAUGUACUAACUGUAAUUCUAAUAUGUACUGUACUGUAAUUAACUGGCAUUCAAAGGGUUAAAAAUAUGAAAAUGAAUGAAUAUUGGUCAUUAUGAUAAUUUAUUA